AUGAUCUUUAACCGAGGAACAACCCAGCCCGUUCGUGAUGCUCUCUUGGCGGAUACCCGCCACUAUGAUCAGUUUAUGAUCAUUGUUGACAACAAGCCGGUCUUGUUUGCCAACCCGCAGCCCUUUGUCGACCCGGCUGGUCACACAUGGCUCAUUGGUAAUCUCUCUGACAAGAUUGGUGAGGUCGUCCCUGCCAAGAUUCCCUUUCGUUGGGCUCGUUCCCACUUCACGGCCCUGGCUCCUGGUUCCGUCAUUGAGAAGUUCAAGUUGACAACGUCUGAACAACAUCCCGAUGAUAUCUCUGGUCCUGCCCCGGCCGGUGGUACCCACGAAGAUGCUGAACCCCCAUCUACGGCCCGUAUUACUCUCGAGCCAUUGAUUGUGGCGGGUUCUGAACCAG